GCCUGGUCGGCCGCCGCGAAUGACUGACUACGGCGUCCCACGGAAUCUUGAGUGCUUCCUCGACAGGCUUCCGUAUCCUCGAGGACGAGACGGUAUUCGUCUACGUCAUGACGAUGGCGUGGUUCCUACCAAGUAUCUGUCUGUCCCACAAUUAGGAUGGAGCGUCCUCGUCUUUGCUAACAAGCUAGCACGUAAGAAUACUUGAAUCUCGUUAAUCGUCAUGCGAAGUUCCCCUACCCACGCUGCAAACGCUUAAGACGACAAAGAUUCUCGUGUAUAUCUCGGAUAUGUGCUCAGCCUUUGCCGAAAUCGAAGUGAUUGCAGACAAGUCUCCAUCCGGAUCAGGCCCGGCGCACGCUCUUAUCGCUCCGUGUCCUGCACGGUGUACUGAGCCCGUCAUAUCCUCUGCCUUUGUUGUUUACCAGCCUCAAGACGCGUGUCUUUCGGGGAGCAGUGCGCAUGCCGAUGGCCCAUGCCCCUCUCGAAUCGCCCCGGGACUCAAAGCAUGCGCCAGUCACGCGCCACGCCAGGUUCAAACCUACCAGACGCCGGGUCGUCGCUCUUUGCGCUGCGGUGGUUGGUCUGGUGCUUGUGGUCGUGCUAGGUGUCCAUUUCGGCACGGUCCGGCGGAGACACGAGCUGGAUUCGUCUGGUUCUCCCGCUUCUUCCAACGCGACAUCCACGAAAUAUACGACCGGCGGAGACGGAUCGACUGUGACUACGUUGGAUGGCGGGCAUUUUGUCUACAAUAACUCUUUCGGGGGAUUCUGGGUCGAAGACCCGGCCAACCCGUUCAACAACAAUGCACGACCGAAUUCGUGGACUCCGCCCCUGAACACGAGCUGGACAUGGGGGGUGGAUCGAAUAUACGGUGUGAAUCUUGGUGGCCUUUUCGUUCUCGAGCCAUUCAUCACUGCUUCGUAUUUUGACAAGUACUCGCCCCAGGCUGUAGACGAAUGGACACUUUCAAUUGCCAUGGCCAACGACACGGCCGGUGGUGGGCUGAGCCAGCUUGAGCAACAUUACAACACCUUUAUAACGGAGGAAGACAUUGCUCAGAUUGCAGGCGCGGGUCUCAACUGGAUUCGAGUUCCCAUCCCGUUCUGGGCCAUCGAAACCUGGCCUGGAGACCCGAACAGCUUUGGUGAACCGUUCCUUGCGAGGACAUCCUGGACAUAUUUUUUAAGGUUGCUUGGUUGGGCGCGCAAGUACGGAAUACGUGUUUUCUUGGAUUUACAUACUGUUCCCGGAUCGCAGAACGGCAAUAACCACUCUGGACGACUGUCGCCUGUGAAUUUUCUCUCCGGAAACAUGGGUUUGGCCAAUGCUGAAAGGACGUUGUAUUACGUUCGGGUUCUCACCGAGUUCAUCUCGCAACCUGCUUUCCGGGAUCUGAUCCCCGUUUUUGGGAUCGUCAAUGAAGCCCUCCUCGGGGUAAUAGGAAUCGACGCUUUGACAUCGUUCUAUCUGCAAGCACAUUCCAUGAUCAGAGGCAUCACGGGCUACGGAGCUGGGAACGGUCCCUACAUCGCAAUCCACGACGGGUUCCAGUCGCUCGACUUCUGGGCUGGCUUCUUGGCCGGGUCGGAUCGGAUGAUUCUGGACACCCACCCGUAUUUCUCAUUCGGUGGGAUCGACACGUCGCCAAUCGCGACUCCGGACGCGAAUGGUCGCCCGGGUGGAAAGUGGCCACGGCAAGCGUGCAAUGCGUGGGGCCUGAGCAUCAACGCAUCGCAGUCGGCGUUCGGCGUGACCGUCACGGGGGAAUGGGCUGCGUCGCCCAACGACUGUGGCUAUUUUCUCCGCGGGGUCGGACCCGAGUCGACCAAUCCGCAGUGUACGGAAUACGACGACUAUAUGCAUUUCAACGAGUCCAUGAAGGCGGGAAUCUCCGAGUAUGUUCUGGCGAUCAUGGACGCCACAAGAGACUGGUUCUUUUGGACAUGGAAGGCAGGCGAAAUCAGCGGAUGGUAUCUAGUCGCGAUUGUUCUGACCGGUGCUGCAGAUUGGGCCUAA